AAUGGAUAACCUAUCGUCAUAGAACUUAGUUAUUGUUGUAAUACAUAUUUAUUGUAAAAACACACACUUUGAACUCUUAAAUAUGAAGGAUGGAUGAUAAUGCGAAGAACGCUUCGUCGUAUCAGCACGAUCAGGAAAUAUUAGACGCUCGCGGUAUCAACAUGACAGUGGAAGACGUAGCUGGUCUACCGACCUGCAAGUAUUCAGAGCGAGUGCAGUCUCUGAACUUGAACGAAGAUGAUUUAAUGUUCCUGAAAGGCCUGAGACGGAGGAUACGUAAUCGGCUAGCGUCGCAAAACAGCCGCCGCCGCAGCAUGGAGAACCUGCGCCGUCUCACGCGCGAGCUGCGCGCGGUGCGGGCGUGCCGCGACGACACCGUGGCGGAGCGGCGCGUGCUGCUCGCGAAGCGAAGCGCGCUGCGGAGCCGGUGCGUCACGCUGCGGGCGUAUAUAUUGCGGAUCCUACAAGACAGAUCGGACGAAACGGAAGUGCCGGAAAUCGACCCGGAGCGUAUCGUGCCAUCGCCCCAGCCCGACGUGCCCUACCUCAAGUCGCAGGUCUUCGAAUGUCGCAUCGACAAACUCGUCCAGCAAAGCGUGAACCACAUGUACAAAGAGAAAGACAAAAUCGAGCGCGACAAAUGUAAAACGGAACGUGACGAAUACAAAGUGGCAUGUGACGAAUACAAAAUGGCUUGUGACGAAUACAAAAUGGGGUGUGACAAAUACCAAAUGGACAAUCUGUACAUAUACGAUCAGCGAUCGGCGGACGUGUUCAACGUGGACGGAAGGGAUCUGUUCGUGAAUCAGCAGGGGCGUAAGGGGGAGGAUUUUAAAGGGAGGAAGGAGAGGGUGUGCGCUAAAACGGUGUUCAUCGGCACCGGUGUUGGGGAGGAGGUGCUAAAUCUGUCCAAGAAGAAGAGUCACGGGAGGAAGCAGUCGGCGCCCAGACGGAUCACGUAUGUGUUCACAGAGCCAGAUGAGGAUGGCGUCUUAGAUUUGAAAAUUAAAAGGGAGCCGGAGUGAUUGUGCCUGAAAAUAAAAAUACAAACAAAUACAUAUAUAUUUACACGGCGGUAUAUGUUACUGUGAAUUUGGUAUGUAUAUAAUCUAUGAAACAUAGAGACGCAUCGUUGUUUGAUCUUUUAAGGGGUUUAAAACACGAUUUAUUUUAAAUUCAGAAUGGUGGAUCCUCGGCACAGAAACUGGUGUCUCAUUAACUUAACGUGUAUCUACAUAUAAUACUACUAUUGCUAUGUCUAUUGUAUCUCCGAAACAGAUGGACCGAUUUCGGUCCGGUUUUUUUUGCUUAUUUGAAAAGCUUUCGUUUCGGUGGUCGUUAGCUGUGUUAUGUAUGUUAUGGCUACGUUUUGUUGAACUAACAACAGCGCGCGGAUUCACUCGCUUGAUAAUAGAUUAAGUGAUGUAUAUGUUAUUCCAGACAGAGAGAUUUGGUCUAUCCGCAUAUCAAAUUUCAUCCAAAACGAUUAAGCCGUUUUUGCGUAAAGAUGAAUCUUAAAAUUACCGAUAGUAGUAAUGAAUAAAAUUAGUUUGUUAAAAUUAAAAUAAAAGAAAAUACUUGAAAAUUUAAUUUACUGUUUAAAUUCAUACGAAACUAGGUAAAAAAAACACAAUAUCAUAUUUUACAUUUAUUGAAGUCUUAUUUAAUCGUGCUUUAAACCCGUUAAACUCUUUAACGAUAUAUAUUUAUUUGAAAAUAUUACAAAAUUAAAAGGUUUUUUAUAUACUAUAUGAAUUGUAUAGAAAAUACAGUAUAAAAUUGUUAAAUUAUGAAGAGUUCGCCUAUAUAUUAUCUAUCUCACUCUAUCCCACGUCGAAUUAUUCAAGAGUGAAUGAGAAAAACAAUCCGUCGUGACUUUAUAUGUACAGACCAAAUAUAUGCAGACUUACGAAUUUUUUAUAGUUAGGUUUGUCGAAAAAACGGAGUUAAUAUGUUAAUAUUUUAAGUUAAAAAAAUGUAUUGUAACACUAGUCGCUUGCCGCGGCUUCGCCCGGGUUUACCUCGUUACCUUGUCGUCUUUAAACAGUACUAAUUCCAGUAUGUGAAUGUGAUGGCGAUAUAGCUCUGUCAAUAUCAAACACUUAUCAGUACUAGUUUUUUCAAGAAUUUUCAUUAUCGGCAUAGCAAUUCCGUAGAUUAUCCUCAACAAACAUACAGAGUUAUAACUUACUAGCUUUCCGCCGGCGGCUUUGCCCGCGUUGUCUAUUAAAAUUAAUAGUUGUCAUAUAAUAUAUCAUAUUUUUAAUUUAGCGCCAUCUAUCGAAAUUUCGCUGUAAUUCAAAUGCUCGUCCUAAUGGAAUUUCUUGUAGGAAUGAGAUGUUUUAACGUGUUAAAAAGUAGCCUAUCUCACUCUCUAGCCUCUUAACUAUCUGCAGACACAAAAAUUGUCUCGUAAAACGCUCCGUUUCGACGCGAAAGCAGGGCAAACAAACAGACACACUUUCAUUUGAUGAUAAAGUUUGUGAAUGUUCAAUUUUUUGUAUUAAAAUACUUUACAAAUUUAGUGUAUUUUUAUAUACUAUAAUUUAAUACAAAAAAAUGUAUACAAAAUUAUAAUUAAUAAUUCUAUAAUAUGCUACGUAAAAUUACAUGUUAGCUCCGUUUUCUUUGACAAUUAUUAAGUAAAUAACUUAAUUGUAAGCGUUAACUUAACAAAACACACACACAGAUCUUACAAAGUGUGAUAUAUAGUUAUGGGGUAUUAAAAAAUGUAGGACAGUUUCACAUUUCACGUUUUCUGAAACUACCCGCAUUUUUUUAAAACCUCAAAAUAAAAUAUUUUACUAAUGAAAUGUAAAUAAAUUUUGUUGAUAUGUUAUUUUCCUCAAGCUAUAAUUAUUUUGAGAACUGUAUCAAAAAUAAUGCAUCAU